AGCCAAGCUUUCUCCUUCUUCUCAACCCUAAUUUUGAGAAACGAGAAUAUACUUUUUGUCUUGUUUUUCCUAAGCCCUACUUUUUAAAUAAGAUUAUCCUUUGUUGACUAUCCGGUCAAGUCUUUGUUGACUAUGGGGCGGUCACGCAAGACGCGGAAGCAACUGGCCAACCAAGAGUUAAUCUCGUCUUCAUCCUCUGGAAUCUUUUGAUCAAAUCCACCCCAUUGCUCCGAUUUCUCUGACGCCAGGUAACUUGAUCGCCGCGAUCCCAUGGAUAUCUUCACUUACGCUGGCAAGGUGAGGCUUCGCAGCGCCGCCCAUCACGCCAAAUACCUGGCCGCCGACUCCUCCAGCAAUGGCGCCGUCUUCCAGGCCCGGGGUUCCAACAAGCACGACGAUCCCUCCACAGUCUGGGAGGUGAAGAGGUUCCGCGACAGCCAGGCCACCCAAAUCCGGCUGAGGAGCAGCUAUGGCGGCUACUUGACGGGCUCGCACCAGAACUUCCUCCUGGGAUGGACGGGCAAGAAGGUUGUGCAGACCAAUCCCACCAAGGCCGACGAUCUGUGCGAGUGGGAGCCCAUCCAGGAUCUGGCAAAGCACGGAACGCUGAUCAAGCUGAGAACACGGUACGGAACUUAUCUUCGUGCCAACGGUGGAGCUCCGCCGUGGAGGAACACCAUCACCCACGACUUUGAUCGCGACGACGAUGAGAAUUUUCUGUGGGAGGUGGAGAUCGUCCAGGAGAGGGACUACUCGGAUAUCCAGUUCUAGAGAAAUGGAGAGAACCAACCUUUUAAAAAGAAUAGAAGAUCGAUCAUACGAGCGUGGAACGUUUACUUUCCUGGAAGAAGAAGAAACCAUUCUAAAGGAGAUCCAGUUCUAGAAAACGAGAGAGGGAAUCAACCUUGUAAGAAGAAUAGUCGAAGUAACCAAAAAAAAUCGUUUUUCCUUGGAA